AUGGUUCUUGCAGCUCGCUGUGGGCAGGCAGCUAAUUUGCUGCGCCAGCGAUGUCUCGCUGAGACUCGCUCGGCUCUCCCUCUCCGUGCCUUCUCCUCUCAACCCUCCAUUCGAUCUACGGCCUCUGCUCUGCGUCUGCAGAAGCUCCCUUCCCCGGCCCGUUCUCAGCAGCUGCGUUCUUUCUCCAGUUCGCUUCUUCGUUUGGCUGAGGCUCAGAAGACUCCUUCCGCUGAGUCUUACCUUGCCAGCGGUGUUGUCAAGCCUGGCAGCAACCUUGUUGAUGUGAAGAAGGUGCUCGUCAUUGGUAGUGGUGGUCUUAGCAUUGGCCAGGCUGGAGAGUUCGAUUAUUCCGGCUCCCAGGCACUGAAGGCCUUGAAGGAGGCUGGUAUCCAGUCCGUCCUGAUCAACCCUAACAUUGCGACCAUUCAGACUGACCACAAGUUGGCUGAUGAGGUCUACUACCUCCCUGUCACCCCCGAAUAUGUUACCCACGUUAUCGAGCGCGAGCGUCCCGAUGGUAUUAUGCUUACCUUCGGUGGUCAGACCGGUCUGAACUUGGGUGUCCAGAUGAACCGCAUGGGUAUCUUCGAGCGCUACGGUGUCAAGGUUCUCGGAACCAGCAUCCAGACUCUGGAGACUAGUGAGGAUCGUGACCUCUUCGCCCAGGCACUGAAUGAGAUCAACAUCCCCAUUGCUGAGUCUAUUGCUGUUAACACCGUUGACGAUGCUCUGAAGGCUGCCGAGACCGUCGGCUACCCUAUCAUUGUUCGUUCCGCCUACGCUCUCGGUGGUCUGGGCUCUGGCUUCGCUGCCAACGAGCAGGAGCUUCGUGACCUCUCUUCUCGCUCCCUGUCUCUGUCUCCUCAGAUCCUCGUCGAGAAGUCCCUGAAGGGCUGGAAGGAGGUCGAAUACGAGGUCGUCCGUGAUGCUGCCAACAACUGUAUCACUGUCUGCAACAUGGAGAACUUCGACCCUCUCGGUGUCCACACCGGUGACAGUAUCGUUGUUGCCCCCAGUCAGACUCUGUCUGAUGAAGAGUACCACAUGCUCCGUACCGCCGCCAUCAAGAUUGUUCGUCAUCUUGGUGUCGUUGGUGAGUGUAACGUCCAGUACGCUCUGCAGCCUGAUGGACUCGAUUACCGUGUCAUUGAGGUCAACGCUCGUCUGUCGCGUUCUUCCGCUCUGGCCUCCAAGGCUACUGGUUACCCUCUUGCCUACACUGCUGCCAAGAUCGGUCUGGGACACACUCUCCCUGAGCUUCCCAACGCUGUGACCAAGACCACCACUGCCAACUUCGAGCCCAGUCUGGAUUACAUUGUUACCAAGAUCCCCCGUUGGGAUUUGAGCAAGUUCCAGCACGUUAACCGUGACAUUGGCUCUGCUAUGAAGUCCAUUGGUGAGGUUAUGGCUAUUGGUCGUACCUUCGAGGAGUCUCUCCAGAAGGCUAUCCGUCAGGUUGACCCUAAGUACCUCGGUCUCCAGGGUGAUCACUUCGAGAACCUCGACGACGUCCUGGCCAACCCUACCGACCGCCGCUGGUUGGCCGUUGGCCAAGCUAUGCUUCACGAGGGCUACUCUGUGGACAAGGUCAAUGAGCUCUCCAAGAUCGACAAGUGGUUCUUGUACAAGAUCCAAAACAUUGUCGACUGCCACCACGAGCUCAAGGAGAUCGGCAGCCUUUUCGGCCUCAAGCAGGAGAUGAUUAUGAAGUCCAAGAAGCUUGGUUUCUCUGACAAGCAGAUCGCUCUCCUGGUUGGUUCCACUGAGGAUGAUGUCCGCGCUCGCCGUAAGUCCUUCGGUAUCACUCCCUGGGUUAAGAAGAUUGAUACCCUGGCUGCUGAGUUCCCUGCCGAUACCAACUACCUGUACACUACCUACAACGCCACCUCCCACGAUGUCACCUUCGAUGACCACGGAACUAUCAUCCUGGGUAGCGGUGUUUACCGUAUUGGUAGCUCCGUUGAGUUUGAUUGGUGUGCCGUUAACGCCACUCUCUCCCUUCGCAACAUGGGCAAGAAGACUGUGAUGAUCAACUACAACCCCGAGACUUACUCCACUGACUUUGAUACCGCUGACAAGCUGUACUUCGAGGAGCUGUCUUACGAGCGUGUUAUGGAUAUCUACGAGAUGGAGGCUGCUAGCGGCGUCGUUGUCUCUGUCGGUGGCCAGCUUCCUCAGAACAUUGCUCUCCGUCUGCAGGAGACCGGUGGUGCCCACAUUCUGGGUACCAACCCUCUGGACAUUGACAAGGCUGAGGAUCGUCACAAGUUCUCUCAGAUCCUGGACAGCAUCGGUGUUGACCAGCCCGCCUGGAAGGAGCUUACCUCCGUCUCUGAGGCUGAGCGCUUUGCCGAGACCGUUGGCUACCCUGUCCUGGUUCGCCCCAGUUACGUCCUGUCUGGUGCUGCCAUGAACGUCAUCUACAGUGUUGAUGAGCUCAAGGAGAAGCUGCUCAACGCUAGCGCUGUCUCCCCCGACCACCCCGUUGUUAUCACCAAGUUCAUUGAGGGUGCCGAGGAGAUCGAUGUUGACGCUGUUGCCUCCAACGGUAACCUCCUGAUCCACGCUGUCAGUGAGCACGUUGAGCCCGCUGGUGUCCACUCCGGUGACGCCACUCUGGUUCUGCCCCCUGCCAACCUGGACGAGUCCAUCAUGGCCCGCGUCAAGGAUAUCGCCGAGAAGGUUGCCAAGGCCUGGAACAUCACCGGUCCCUUCAACAUGCAGAUCAUCAAGGCCGAUGCUGAGGGUGCCGAGCCUCAGCUGAAGGUCAUCGAGUGCAACCUGCGUGCUUCUCGUUCCUUCCCCUUCGUCAGCAAGGUCCUGGGUACCAACUUCAUUGACGUUGCCACCAAGGCUCUUGUUGGCCGUGAUGUCCCCGAGCCCCUCGAUCUCAUGCAGGAGAAGCGUGACUACCUCGCCACCAAGGUUCCCCAGUUCGCCUGGACCCGUCUGGCUGGUGCUGACCCCUUCCUGGGAGUUGAGAUGUCCUCCACUGGUGAGAUUGCUUGCUUCGGUAAGGAUCUUGUUGAGGCCUACUGGGCUUCUCUCCAGUCCACCAUGAACUUCCGUAUGCCCGAGGCUGGUGAGGGUAUCCUCCUCGGUGGUGACGUUAGCCAGGCUUACCUGGCCACUAUCGUCGACUACCUGAACCCUAUCGGUUACAAGUUCUACGCUGCCAAUCCCGAGGUCAAGGCCCACAUUGAGUCUACCUGCAAGGACAACGUCUCGGUGCAGGUCAUCGAGUUCCCCAAGAACGACAAGCGUGCUCUCCGUGAGGUCUUCCAAAAGUACGACAUCCGUGGUGUCUUCAACUUGGCCAAGACCCGUGCCAAGACCCAGCAGGAUGAAGACUACGUUAUGCGCCGUAACGCUGUUGACUUCUCUGUUCCUCUCUUCAUGGAGCCCAAGACUGCCCAGCUUUUCGCUCAGUGCAUGAACGAGAAGAUGCCCCGCGCCGAAGGCAUCCCAUCAGAGGUCCGCAGCUGGUCCGACUUCGUUGGUGGCAAGCUUCUGUAA